UUCUGUAAGACGAUAGACCUGUUGAGUGUUGAGGACAAAGUAGGCUCAAGUUCAAGUGGAGGGAGCUCAGUAGAGCCAAUGAGAGCAAGUGCAGCUACGACAACCAAGAAGGCAAGAAACUGCAUAAUUGUGGCACCGGCAGAUCCAAGCAAAAUUGUGGCACCCGCAGAGGAUAAACGUUGAUUCAUGGCCAUGCAAAAUUGUGGCACCCGCAGAUCCAAGCAAAACGCAGUCUGUGGCUUGUACUGUGAAGAUAGAGACUUCCACAAGGGCGAUGGGUAUGCAGUUUGUCAUCGAUUGGCCCCUAUAUCUUCUUACUAUAGGAAUUCGUAAGACGAUACACAUGUUGAGGACAAAGUAGGCUCAAGUGCAGGUAGCUCAGUAGAGCCAAUGGGAGCAAGUGCUGAUACGGUUAAUGCUACCUGCAAGCAGUUGAAGAAUGAGACCGCUCCUAUUAUUGGGAAUAGUUAUUUCAGUGCGUUGUUGGGGAGCCCAUGGGCACAAAACAUCAGCAUGGAGGUACUUGUAUUACUCACUGCUGUGGCCUACCUAACCGUUGCUACCUUAGGCCCCCAGCGUCGCCGUUCAGCAAGUUGGUUCGUCCAAAAAGGUGUCUUGGUCGCGCACGGUUUGUCCUUCCCACUGGGAGCAUACACAAUAGGUUUGAUGCGACCUUACUCCGCGUCCGCUGCAGAGAUCAACAUGUACUCCAUUUGGGCCAUAAGUAUCUUCAUCCUUCAUGGCUGUACCGAUACAAAUUUUAGACUCGAUGACAUCAAACAAGAAACAAGGUUCCUAUACCGCUGGUUACUCUACUAUAUAAAUGUGAUGCCGCUUUUGAUAACCCUAAGUGGAGUUCAGAAUUCUUAUUUAUAUUCCCUACUUCUCCCUUUGUACCUCAAUGCUCAACAGAAAUCAUCCUUAAUACAGUCACCAUGUGUGCUGUCAAGCAGCUCAUGGAACUUGAAUAAGAUGGUUUCCGAUCACAUGUAUGAGGAGCACACCAGGGGUGAAUUUGUUCCAGCCACCAUGGAAGGCUGCCAUUACCUGGUUGACUGGCCCCUCAGCAAAUCCAAAUUGGGCGCUCCAUCAUAUGCAGCACAUCUUGGGAAUGACGAUGAAGUCAUUGACAUAGAGAAGAUAUGGCUGUGCAAUAGCAUGUCACUAGACCAAGAGCUAAAGGAUACAUGCCUUUCCUUCUCUCUUUUCCACCUGCUGAGACGGCGCUUCUUUGGGUAUACCUUUGGCGAGCCCAAAGAAAGGGCACAUGAUUUCGUCUUCAAAGGGUUGCUAUUGGAGAAUGAGGAAGGUUACACCGACUGCAAUCGGGUUUUCAGGGUGAUUGACACCGAGCUAGCCUUCAUGUAUGAUUUCUUCUUCACUAAAUCUGCUGUCAUAUAUUAUGGAUCAAGGGAUGCAACAAUUUUACCCUUGCUUUCAGUCAUCUUUCUAUCAUUUACAGCAGUGUGGACAGUCAGAUCACAAAAAGGCAAGGAGAGUAGUAAUACUGACAAGGUUGUCAGCUUAGUGGUACUUGCAUCCACUGCUUUUCUUGAAUUGGUGCAGGUGCUACUUUACUGGACUAGCAUUUGGAGCAGAGUAUCCUUUGUUUGUCAGUAUCUCAGAGAACAUGCAAGAUGGAAAACAGUGGGAUGCUGCUGCUACAUUUUUAUAAGAUUGAAUGAGCUGCUUGCCAAGAUUGGUGUACACUGUGCACCAAACAAACACCAUUGGCAGCAUAAGCUUGGGCAGUACUCAUUACUUGAUUUCACGCCUACACUCCGUGACAAGUUGACUGGCUGGUUUGAUGCCCCUCCGAGAUAUAAGCGGGGUAAAUUCGAACCAACAAACAUGUAUUUUUUUGACAAAAAACAAACAAACGUUUAUUUACAGAGGGUCCGUAGGAAAAGUCAAAAACGAAUAGAUGUACCUGCACAAGUAAAGAAGGCCCUUAUUUAUUCCCUGAAGCGUACUAAUGGUGUACUGACGAACGGGAAAUCAUCACUACUCUCCAAUGAAGCAGGACACCUUUCAUGGGCUUGUGCACGGGACUUGCACUCGGCGUCAGACACAAGCUGCAUCAUCAUGACUUGGCACAUUGCGACCUGGUACUGUGAGAUGGGAACAACUAGGUAUGGCCCUUCCUACCCAGAUGAGGGAGCACAACUGAAGGCCCAUCUUGGUGUCGCCACAAAACUAUCAAAAUACUGUGCAUAUCUGGUGGUCCACGCACCAAAGCUUCUUCCUGGGCACCACUACGAUACAAGCCGUGUGUUCGAUGCCGUCGCGGUAGAAGCCAACAAGUUUCUGCUGCCAUCUAUGAGGAGGAGGGCUAAGUACGAGGCGCCGAGGAACUACGGGCUAGAAGAAUCGAGAGGCUACCAUCUUCCAGAGCGGUGCCAAGCUGGGGAAGCAGCUCGAGGAGAUACAAGAUGUUACCAGGCGCUGGAAGGUCCUAGCUGA